AUGUCUACUGGGACAUUUGAGGUUGGCACUCGAUGCUGGAUACCAGAUGAGCAGUUGGGUUGGUGUGGAGCAGAAGUUUCUGAAAUUUCAGAGGAUAAUGGCAAAUAUUUAUUGAUUUUUACCAAGGAGAACGGGGAAUCCCAACAGAUCAAAACCUCUACUCUAGAAGAGGACAACGACGUGGAACCAAAGUUGAGAAAUCCCCCUAUUUUGGAAGCACAGGAAGAUCUUACAAGUCUUUCGUAUUUGAAUGAACCCUCUGUUUUGAACGCCAUCAAAGUCAGAUACUCUAGACUCAAUAUUUACACCUAUUCCGGUAUUGUCCUGAUUGCAACCAACCCCUUUCAAAGAGUUGAUCAAUUGUAUUCUCCCGACAUUAUCCAGGCGUAUGCUGGAAAGCGUAGAGGAGAGCUUGAACCACAUUUAUUUGCCAUUGCUGAAGACGCCUAUCGUUGUAUGAAGACCGACCAUGAGAACCAAUCUAUCGUCGUCAGCGGUGAAUCGGGAGCUGGUAAAACAGUUUCCGCCAAGUACAUUAUGCGUUACUUUGCUUCUGUCGAUUCAAGCAAUCACUCUCACAAUAUGUCUGACACAGAAAAACAAAUUUUGGCUACUAAUCCCAUCAUGGAGGCCUUUGGUAACGCCAAAACCACGAGAAACGACAAUUCUUCCCGAUUUGGUAAAUACUUAGAGAUUUUGUUUGACGGAAACACUGUGAUUAUUGGUGCCAGAAUUCGGACUUAUUUACUAGAACGUUCCAGAUUAGUAUUUCAGCCACCUACUGAAAGAAACUAUCACAUAUUCUAUCAAAUAUUAGCGGGACUAUCCAAGGAUGAUAAGGAAAAGUUGGGAUUAACGUCGGCUGAAGAUUUUCACUAUACAAACCAAGGGGGCGAAUCCAAGAUCAAGGAUGUAGAUGACGGUGAAGAAUUUAGUAUCACAUCAGAUGCUUUAUCGUUGAUCGGAAUAAACAAAGACAAGCAGUUUCAGAUUUAUACGCUUCUUGCUGCUCUUUUGCAUAUUGGUAAUAUUGAGCUAAAGAAAACAAGGAAUGAUGCACACCUUAGUUCCGAUGAACCCUCCCUGGUAAAAGCAUGUGAAUUGCUUGGUUUGGAUCCUGUCAACUUUGCAAAAUGGAUUGUGAAAAAACAAAUUACUACCCGAACCGAGAAAAUUGUUUCCAACUUGAACCACCAACAAGCGACCGUCGCCAAAGAUUCCAUAGCCAAGUAUAUAUAUUCCGCACUCUUCGAUUGGUUGGUCGAAUAUGUCAACAGUGAUUUGUGUCCUCCUGAGGUCGAAGCAAACAUCAAGUCGUUCAUUGGUGUUUUAGAUAUUUAUGGAUUCGAACAUUUUGAGAAGAACUCAUUUGAACAGUUUUGUAUCAACUAUGCUAAUGAGAAACUGCAACAAGAAUUUAACCAACAUGUGUUCAAGCUUGAACAGGAAGAAUAUGUACGGGAAGAGAUAGAGUGGUCUUUUAUUGAAUUUGCUGACAACCAACCAUGCAUUGCCCUUAUUGAACAAAAGUUGGGAAUAUUGUCCCUGUUGGAUGAAGAAUCAAGACUGCCAUCUGGUGAUGACAAAUCAUGGAUUGAGAAAAUGUACCAGACAUUGGACAAGGAACCAACUAACAAAGUUUUCAAGAAGCCAAGAUUUGGAAAUAAUAAAUUCAUCGUUAAGCACUAUGCCCUAGACGUUCCUUAUGACUCUGAAGGUUUCAUAGAGAAGAACCGAGAUACUGUAAGUGAUGGACAACUUGAGACCCUAAAAGCUUCUACGAAUGAACUUCUUUCGGAAAUAUUAGCAACGGUAGACAGAAACGCAGAAAAGAUUUCAUCGAAUCAACCAUCAAAACCAGGAAAGAUGAUGAAUAAAAAACCGACUCUAGGGUCUAUCUUCAAGAAUUCUUUGAUUGAACUAAUGAAAACGAUUGAUUCUACCAAUGUACAUUAUAUUCGUUGUAUCAAACCUAAUGAAGAGAAGAAAGCAUGGGAGUUUGAUCCUGUCAUGGUGUUAUCCCAAUUAAGAGCUUGCGGUGUGUUGGAAACUAUUCGAAUCUCAUGCGCAGGUUUCCCAUCUAGGUGGACCUAUGCUGAGUUUGCCCAACGUUAUCAUAUUCUUGUAAAACCCGAUGCUUGGACGAAGCUUUUGACAGGUAAUGCUGAUGAAAAGGCAAUCAAUGAGCUUUGUGAACUGAUUUUGAAGGAAACCGUGGAUGAUCCUUCUACUUAUCAAAUGGGUAAUACCAAAGUCUUUUUUAAAGCUGGAAUGCUAGCUAAGUUGGAGAAUCUCAGAACCGAGAAACUGCACCAAUCUGCAGUUAUGAUACAGAAGCAUAUUCGUAAAAUUUAUCAUCACACCAGAUUCUUACGGAUUAGGAACGAAACCAUCGAGUUGCAAGCGGCUAUCAGGGGAACGAGUGUACGAGGCAGAAUUAGGCGGGAACUGGAGCAACAGGCUGCUACUUUGAUACAAACCAUUUCUAGAGGAUUCUUAGUACGAAGGGCAUUCAAGGAUCAAGUUGAAUCUGCGGUAGCAAUUCAAUCGAGUAUCCGCGGGUUCAAGGCUCGGAAAUCUGUUAUGGAAAUAAAGCACAAGAAGUCUGCCGUAGUACUGCAGAAAAAUUUCAGAGCAUAUCUCGCCAGACGGGGAUACCAAAAGCAUUUAAAAGGCAUUGUUCUAGUACAGAGUUACGCUCGUCGCUGGAACGCACGGAAGCAGUUGAAGACUUUGAAAAUUGAGGCCAAAUCCGUUGAUCACCUUAAGAAGCUCCAAUACAAUUUGGAAAACAAGGUUAUUGAGUUAACCCAGUCUCUGACAGAUAAGAUUGCCGCCAAUAAAGAUCUCGUGAAAGAGAUUGACCGCCUCAAGGAAACAGUUGCAGAAUCAAGUGAAGCACAUGAAACUCUUAAGAAAAGGGAGAUUGAAUUCAAAGAUAUUCUCAGCGAGAAAGAGAACGAUCACCUCACUAAGACCGAAUCUCUGGCUCUGGAAUUGGCAGAGGCGAAAGCCACUUAUGAAGCCUCGUUAAAGAGGACAGAAGAGUUGUUGGAGCAACAAGAGACUUUAAAGAAGGAAGUGGCUGAAAAUGUUGCCGCCUUGACUAAAGCAAGGGUGGAGUUGGAAUUAAAGAAUGAUGAGAAUACCUCCCUGAAUGAAACUGUAACAAGACUGAAAACAGAUAUUGAUAACUUACGCAAAGAGCUGGAAAAGGCCAGAUCUGGCUCCGUAUUCCAGCAAGGCGUUCUAAGUGGUAAUAAGUCGAUAAAUGGCAGGAUCGCCAGUGUAUCCAGCGAAGCAGACUUUGAACUGAAUAACAAAAAGAACGGUACCACACGUAGAGUUUCUGGAGCAUAUGAAGGGAUUGAAAAUGUGUCACCAGACGAUUUGGACCGCCUCAACAGUGAGCUUUGGUCGUUGCUAAAGGAUUCUAAAAGCCUACACAAGGAAAUCAUUGAGGGUUUGCUGAAAGGACUCAAAAUUCCAGGUUUUUCUGUUGCUGCGGACUUGAAGAGAAAAGACAUUCUUUUCCCUGCCCGCGCUAUCAUUAUUAUUAUCAGUGAUAUGUGGAGGUUGGGAUUAACCUCAGAAAGUGAACAGUUUUUGGGACAAGUGUUAGCUGCCAUCCAAAAUAUUGUUUCUUCUUUGAAGGAGUCGGAUGUUAUCGCUCAUGGAGCUUUCUGGUUGUCUAAUACUCACGAGCUGUAUUCAUUUGUGUCAUAUGCUCAAUCAAACAUUAUCAACAACAAGGAGGCCGCAGCCAGUUUAGGUGAGGAUGGAUACAACGAGUAUUUAAAGCUGGUGGCUGUUGUCAAAGAAGAUUUUGAGUCGCUCUCGUUCAACAUUUACAAUAUGUGGAUGAAAAAAAUGCAGAAGGAGCUUCAAAAGAAGGCCAUUUCUGCCCUGGUUGUCUCUCAAUCUCUUCCAGGGUUCAGUACCCCAGAUCAAUCACCUUUCUUGUCCAAGGUUUUCAAUUCUGGAGAUUCUUACAAGAUGGAAGAUAUACUAACAUUCUUCAAUUCAUUGUACUGGUCUAUGAGAACCUACUUCAUCGAACAACCAGUAAUCAAUGAAGUAUUGGAACAAUUACUGAGAUACAUUGAUGCUAUUUGCUUUAACGAUUUGGUGAUGAGAAGAAACUUUUUGUCCUGGAAAAGAGGACUACAAGUGAAUUACAAUAUUACCCGCUUAGAAGAAUGGUGCAAGACUCAUGGAAUAAAGGAUAGUCUUACCCACCUCAUUCACAUGGUACAUGCUGCCAAACUUUUGCAACUGAGAAAGAAUACUGUCGCUGACAUUGGAAUUAUCUUUGAGAUUUGUUAUGCUUUGAAGCCAGCUCAGAUACAAAAGUUGAUCUCACAAUACUAUGUCGCUGAUUAUGAGACUCCUCUAGCACCUGGCGUUUUAUCCGCAGUGGCUGAAAGAGUGAAAGCUGCGGGUAGCAAUGGUGAGUUUUUCCAGCCAGUAAACUCCGAUGGGAACUUUGAGGAUCCUUUCCGAUCUGUUGGGGUGCGACCUGUCUACAAAGUUGAGGCUUAUAUUCCAGCAUGGUUGAACUUGCCAACGUUGAAGGAGAUAGUCAAUCUCGUUGCUAAGGUGGCUAUGAUGAACGAAAUCAUGGCCCAAAAACAAGACAACGAAGAAAAUGAAGUUCAACCGGAGUUCGUAGCCCAAUAG